AUGAAUCUAGAGGAGGCCGGUGCCCAACGGAAGUUGGAUUUGCAAGAAUUGGAGGAGAUUCGGAACGAAGCCUACGAAAAUGCAUUAAUGUACAAGGAGAGAAGCCGGACAUUUCAUGACCAACAAAUUUCAAGAAAAACAUUUGAAGUUGGUCAGAAGGUCCUCCUAUACCAAUCAAGGCUCAAGCUAUUCCCAGUCGAAAUUCGAAGUGCUAAGACAGACAACAAGUUUGUGGUGAAUGGACACCGUCUCAAACACUAUUACGAAAGUUUUUCAGGUGGAGAAGUGGAGACAGUACAUCUAGACGCACCACCGUGUCUUAAUCAGUGA